AUGGCUGCUUCAAAGCCAGUCGAGCCGCAGUCCGGGACUGGACUUCCCCGGUGGCAGCUGGCCCUGUUAGUGGGGACUCCCAUAGUGCUCGGAGUCGGGGCGGUUUACCUGUGGAACCGCAGCAGGACGAAGGAAAAGAAGGGGACCGGUGAGCGGAAAACACCUGAAGGCAGCGCCAGCCCCGUGCAGGGCCAGGACGGCGCAGCUCGAUCCGGCCGAGAGCAGGAGAACAUGAGCCCUUUGGAUCGGGCCCAAGCAGCUAAGAACAAAGGCAACAAGUACUUCAAGGCUGGCAAAUAUGAAAAUGCCAUUCAGUGCUACACAGAGGCCAUCGCUCUCUGCCCCACAGAGCAGAAGACAGAUCUGUCAACGUUUUACCAGAACAGGGCAGCAGCCUAUGAACAGCAGAUGAAAUGGACAGACGUGGUACAGGAUUGCACUAAGGCUGUGGAGCUGAAUCCACGUUAUGUGAAGGCUCUGUUCAGGAGGGCUAAAGCUCUGGAAAAACUAGACAACAAAAAGGAGUGUCUAGAGGAUGUCACAGCGGUGUGUAUUCUCGAGGCCUUCCAGAACCAACAGAGCAUGCUGCUAGCAGACAAGGUGCUGAAGCAGCUCGGGAAAGAGAAGGCCAAAGAGAAGUACAAGAACCGUGAGCCGAUGAUGCCUUCGCCUCAGUUCAUCAAGUCGUACUUCAGCUCCUUCACUGAUGACAUCAUCUCCCAGCCCCUGCAGAAAGGCGAGAAGAAAGAUGAAGACAAGGAUAAGGAGGGCGAGGCGGCAGAGGUCUCAGAGAGUUCUGGAUACCUGAAGGCAAAGCAGUACAUGGAGGAGGAGAACUAUGACAAAAUCAUCAGCGAAUGCACCAAGGAGAUCGAGUCAAGAGGAAGAUACUCUGCAGAGGCGCUGCUGCUGCGCGCCACCUUCUACCUUCUGAUCGGAAACUCUUCUGCUGCUCAGCCUGACUUGGAUCGGGUCAUCAACAUGCAUGACGCCAACGUGAAGCUACGGGCCAACGCUUUGAUCAAGCGUGGAAGCAUGUACAUGCAGCAGCAGCAGCCUCUGCUGUCCACGCAGGAUUUCAACAUGGCCGCUGAGAUCGACACACGGAACCCCGACGUGUAUCACCACAGGGGUCAGCUGAAGAUCCUGCUGGACCAGGUGGAUGAGGCGGUGGGAGACUUUGAUCAGUGCAUCCUGCUCAGGCCUGACUCUGCUCUGGCACAGGCGCAGAAGUGCUUUGCCCUUUACAGACAAGCAUAUACUGGAAACAAUCCUUCACAAGUACAGACAGCCAUGGAUGGCUUUGAGGAUGUUAUCCGGAGGUUUCCAAAAUGUGCCGAGGGCUACGCUCUUUACGCUCAGGCUUUGACUGAUCAGCAGCAGUUUGGAAAAGCCGACGAGAUGUACGACAAGUGUAUCAUAUUGGAACCAGACAAUGCUACAACAUAUGUCCACAAGGGUUUGUUGCAGCUUCAGUGGAAACAGGACCUCGAUUUGGGUCUGGAGCUCAUCAGUAAGGCGAUUGAGAUCGACAACAAAUGCGACUUUGCUUAUGAAACUAUGGGAACCAUUGAAGUUCAAAGGGGUAAUCUGGACAAGGCAAUAGAGAUGUUCAACAAAGCAAUUAACCUGGCAAAGUCAGAGAUGGAGAUGGCCCAUUUAUACUCGUUAUGUGAUGCAGCCUACGCCCAGACAGAAGUGGCGAGGAAGUACGGGCUGAAACCCCCGACACUGUAACCGCUCUGCCAAUCGAUCGCCAAUCUCAGUCUUCAUUGCUGAACCUAACUGUGUUAAAAGUGCAACUGUCUGACUUAACUUUGAUUUGUUUAAAAAAAAAAAAAAGUACUGGAUGAUAUGGGGAAGGAAGGAAGAACCCUGAAUAUAUACACAGUGUUUACGUCAAAUUAAAGGGGUUUGUUAUCAUGGAAAAGAAGGAUUUGUAAUCAGUCAAGCUGAGCCUGCGAUCCUGGUCUCUGGUAGACUUAGUGGUUUAUCAGGAUGUCGGGUGGCUAGAGGGGAUUUUAACCAACACCGCCCAUUAUGCUGACACUUAAUUCUAUCAUGACAUCAUUGUCAAACUUUUUUUUUUUUUUUUUUUUUUUUUUUUUUUUUAUUGCUCAAAAUGAAAAUAAAGGUUGUCCUUUAUGGAGGAAAAGUGUACAUGAGUGGCCAUGUAUACCUGUCAUUAGAUGUAAAGAGAAUUGAUGUCUGCAGUCUGUUGAACCCACAAGGGUUCUUAAAUCUGCAGAAAAAACUGUGAGAGCUUUAUAUAGUUCCAAUGGACUGCUCACUGGUUAAUUUAUGCUAAUCUAAAGGGUUUAUUUUCGUCCACAUGCUCCCAUAUUGUAACAUACAUUAUCAGUUCUGAAUGCAGGAUUAAAAUUAUAGUCGAUUGUGUAAUGUCUGUAUUUGAAAUGCUGGAGUUGAUACGAGCUUACAGAAAGGAGUUUUUUUUUUUUUUAAUGUUGGGAUUGCCUGUUUUUCUUUUUUAUAUACUUCGUGCAGCAUGUUCACUUUAUAAAUUAAUGUAAAUGCAAUGCUUGUGCUGUCUUGAACACUAGGAAAACCCUACAAGGCUUUUUUUUUUUUGAGAAACACUUCUGAUUAGACAAACUUAGCCAACUUUGUUUUGUUUCUUUGUUAUUUUUCUGAGCUGCUUCUAGUGUCAGAAGCGUAUUCAGGGGUUUUCCUCAGCUCCUAUUAAGAAUCAUGAUUUGUUUUCUAUUUUCUGUGAAUUAUUCUUCAUGCUACAUUUGGAUUUACUUUUGGCAGAUUACUUAACAUAGUGGUUUCAUUUGAAUUUUUUUUCUUCAUCUGUCCUUUUCAAGCAACCCGAGCCUUAUUGUCUCCAGCCUACUUGCAGCCCUGAGAAUCUCUCGGUACGGUGUAUGGUUUGGUUCUCAAGUAGCAUCCACGAGCCACCGAUGAAUGUUUGCAUGUCUGGAGCAUUUUAAAUUUUUAGAAAACUGCAUUGAAACGCUCCUGUCCUCUGUGGCAUUCAUUUGUCUCACACCCGCAUGCGUGGUGAUGCCAAAGAACCAAAUCAUGCAUUUUCAGCUGCUGCUGGUGAGGAUGACUCCUCAACUAAAACCCAUCUUCAGUUAAUUAUCAGAACAUGGAUGUGAUCUACAUUUUGGCUGUUUGAUAUGAAACACACUGACAUUCUGCAUCAACCAUGUGUAUGGUGACCAAAGUGAAAGAAUGAGUCCUAAUAAAGUUAUAAUUCUUGGAAUGAA